CUAUCCAGAACACUUUACGGCUCUGUUGACAACCGCUCCCCUCCACUGUGGGUGUCUCCUGCAGGUGUAAUUCAAGUUAUGGUUCAGUUUUCUACCGGAGCUGCUGCUAAAUGAGCGUCUUUGACUUGUUUCGCGGGUUCUUCGGGGUCCCUGGAGGCCAGUACCGCGGCCGGAGGGACCCCUUCUUCGACGCCAUGACGCAUGACGAUGAUGACGACGAUGAGGAUGAAGACGGGUUUCAGUACGAUGGGUUCAGGGGGGACCAGCAGGACCCCUUCGACAGCGCCUGGAGGUUUGGCUUCAGCUUUGGCCCAGACGGGAUGAGGAUCCAGGAGCCUCCAGUGUUUGGCCACGUCUUCAGAGAGAUGGAGGAGAUAUUCUCCCAACUGGGCCGCUGGGACGGACAGCCGGAGGCCGGACACUUUGGUGCUCCUAGCAUCAUGCCACCUCCACCUCAGGACAGAGCAGAAGCAGGUGGAGGCAGAUCCAGUGGAAACCCCCUGAGAGACUUUAUGCUCAGAUCCCCUGAUAGCGACGCUCGAGGACCGACCAGAGAGCCUCACAGUGAUGGCCAGCCGCCGUACGAGUCUCCAGAAACGCCCCGCUUGCCAUUUCAUGGCUGGACCCCUUUUUCCAAAUUCAACGAUAUUUGGAGACAGGGGCCACAGAAAACUCCAGACGAUGAGCUCAAAGAAGACAGAGAUCUGGACUCUGCAGUGUCCACUGGUGGCCUGGAUCAGAUUCUGACGCCACCUGCUGGUCAGGCACCGAGCCAGCCCCGGAUCCGGUCGUUCUUCCAGUCGGUCACGGUGACGAAGGUGGUGAAACCUGACGGGACUGUGGAAGAGCGGCGGACGGUCAGAGAUGGAAAAGGCAACGAGGAGACCACAGUGACUCGCUCAGGAGGUCCUGGGAUCCUGGAGGGCCCAGACCAUCAAACCAGACCCGUGUUACCAGGUGACUCACAUCGCUUUUCAGACAUGCGGGAUGACGACUCCUUGUUCUCCAAGUUCUUUGGCGGCUUUAAAUAAAGUGUAAAGCGAAGCGUCCUCUGUGGGCAGGUGACCUGUAGCUGCUGUGUUCCUCUAGAGCUGCGUGUUUAUGGGAUGUACCUGUACGUGGACGGACUGCUGCGUGAUCUUGAUUUGCCAAAGUGAACAUGUUGGAUAUGGGGUCGCCGGCUUGUUGGAGGUUAAAGCUGUGAUGUUUAAAUGACCACGUAGGCUAGAAGCUGCCAAUCCUGACGACUGCUGGUUUUGACAAAUUGAGACACAGUUCACAGUUACACAUUUUAUUUUUGUAUUGUCUUGUUAGACAAGCCUGUAUGGAUGUGAGUGAGUGAUGAACCAAAUAAAAACUUAAUAUAUUUA